CGCCCGGGAGGCAGACAGUCCCACAUUGAAUGCCAUCAAUUUUUAGCUAAUGCGAAACACGCUGAAACGGGCGCCUGGACGAGAUUAAUCGAAUCCCCUCACUGAAAAUGGCUGCCAUUGACUUUAUAACGUUAACUGGUGACUGCGAGAAAAAACAAGCGGGAGAGAAAGCAGAGAGUGGCAAUGAAGAGGAAAACCAGGACCUGUCAGAGGAGGAAGGAGGCGCAGGGAAGGCAGAGGCCAGUUCGUCGACGCUCAUGGUCGCCGCGACCUCAGCUAAGACCAAGAAAAAGAAACACCGGCACCGCAGCAAACACAAGAGACACAAGCAGUCUUCGCCUGAGGACAAGGAGCGACGCCACAAGCACCGGCACAAGCACAAAAAGCACAAGCGUAAAGACGGCCCCUUGACUGACGGCUUCCCCACCGGUGGCGACGACAACGCUUUCCCAUACUCUUCCUCCGCCAAGUCGCCGAGACUGGAAGACGAUGAGAUGGCGCUUCUGGAGGAGCUGGAGAAACAGAGGGCCCUGAUCCAAGCCGAGCUAGACAGUGAAAUGACUGAGGGUGGCAGGGGGGUACAGUCGGGCAUGGCUCUCAUACUCCAGGGAUACCACUCUGGGGUGGAGGAGGAUGUGGAGAUUCAGGGGGAGAGGAUGUACAACGGGCAGCACUUCCGGAAAGGGGCAACGGGGCACGUGGCUGGCUCAGGCUCGCAGACUGCUAAAGACACCGGUAGAAUCCAGCGAGAGUCGACAGACGCCGGCAAAGCUAAGCAGAACAAUCCCAAUAAAAACGGCAGGAAGAGAAAGAUGGACGGCAAGACCAGGGAUCAGAUGAGAGGACUGAGCACGUCCAGGGAUAGAGACAACAGGAGACAUUCCAGGAGUGCAGAUUGCUUCAAGGAAAGGGCACAGGCGUCCAAGUCUCCUCCUGGCACUAGCAAGCAGCCUUCCCUGCCGGCUCAAAGCAGAGAGGCACAAAGCCAGGACAAACACAAGAAGGCGAUCAAGUCCCCCACCAAGGACGCUUCCUCUGGGAAUGAGAACUGCUCUCCUGGCCUACGAGGGAGGCCGCCAGGUCCUGCCUCCCAGCUGCAGCGCAGCAAGUCCCCAUCACAGUGCCGGGACCUCUGGGCCUCCACCGGAGCCGAGCGAAGGGCCAGGUCACCGCCACCACUCAGAGGGGGCCACCCGAGCCCCCCAGAGAGUCAAAGGAGAGAGGUGGACCGACUGAGACUCUCACCUGGCAGGAUUCGGAGCCAGGACGAAGCGGGGGGCCGUAGGGAUGCCAGCGCAGCUCUAGGUGCCCGGCGACGGCUCAGCCGCUCACCAUUCAGGCGGAGGUGUUGCUCUCCCAGGAGACGCAGCAGGUCUCCAUUCAGGAGGAGGUCAUUGGAUCGGGACAGGAUGGGACGGAGGCCACAGUGGGGUUCCAGAUCCCAGGAGGGGAGGCAGAGACUGAGCCGGGACAGAGAGGACAAGUUCAAGGGCAGCCUCUCGGAGGGAAUGAAGGUCGACAAGGAGGACUCUGAAGAUGAAGUGCUGGAAGAUUACGAUGUGGAUGAGGACGACGAGGAGGCUCUCAUCGAACAGCGGAGGCUACAGCGUCUGGCCAUCGUCCAGAAGUACAAGGGAGGGAACGAGGACAGUAACAUGUCGGAGCCCGGCAGCCCGCAGAGCAGCCAGCGCAGCCGCUCGCCCUCGCCAGACGACAUCCUGGAGCGUGUGACGGCCGACGUCAAAGAGUACGAGCGGGAAAACGUGGACACCUUUGAAGAAAACAUCAAGGCUAAGCACAACCUCAUCGAACAGGAGAAAGAUGAAGGAGCCAACCCCAAAAAACCUUCCGGCCCCGACAUGUUUACUGAAUCGGAUGACAUGUUCGCCGCCUACUUUGACAGUGCAAGGUUUCGGGCAGCAGGUAUCGGGAAGGACUUCAAGGAGAACCCCAACCUCCGAGACAACUGGACAGACGCAGAGGGAUACUACCGACUCAAUAUCGGGGAGAAACUGGACAAGCGGUACAGUGUGUACGGCUACACGGGGCAGGGUGUGUUCAGCAACGUCAUCCGAGCCCGUGACGUGGCCCGCGCCAGCCAGGAGGUUGCUAUUAAGAUCAUUCGGAACAACGAGCUCAUGCAGAAGACUGGGCUCAAGGAGCUGGAGUUCCUGAAGAAACUCAACGAUGCCGACCCUGACGACAAGUUCCACUGCCUGCGCCUCUUCCGACACUUCUACCACAAGCAGCACCUCUGCCUGGUCUUCGAGCCUCUCAGUAUGAACCUACGCGAGGUGCUGAAGAAGUAUGGCAAAGACGUGGGCCUCCACAUCAAGGCGGUGCGCUCCUACAGCCAGCAGCUCUUCCUGGCCCUGAAGCUGCUCAAACGCUGCAACAUCCUUCACGCCGACAUCAAACCUGACAAUAUCCUGGUGAACGAGUCGAAAACCAUCCUCAAGCUCUGCGACUUUGGUUCAGCGUCACACGUGGCAGAGAAUGACAUCACUCCCUACCUGGUUAGCCGGUUCUACAGGGCGCCGGAGAUUAUCAUCGGGAAGCUUUACGACCACGGCAUCGACAUGUGGUCCGUUGGCUGCACUCUGUAUGAGCUGUACACGGGCAAGAUCCUUUUCCCAGGGAAAACCAACAACCACAUGAUUAAGCUCGCCAUGGACCUCAAGGGCAAGAUGCCCAACAAGAUGAUCAGGAAAGGCGUGUUCAAGGACCAGCACUUUGACCAGAACCUCAACUUCCUGUACACCGAAGUAGACAGAGUUACUGAAAGGGAGAAGGUGACAGUGAUGAGCACCAUCAACCCCACCAAGGAGCUGCUGGCUGACAUGGUGGGCUGCCAGCGUCUGCCCGAGGACCAACGCAAGAAGGUGGCCCAGCUCAAGGACCUGCUGGACCAGACACUUAUGCUGGACCCGGCCAAGAGGAUCAGCAUCAACCAGGCCCUGCAGCACCCCUACAUCCAGGAGAAGAUCUUCUGACCACUUCGUACUGUAUCCACUCACAGUCAUGCAUUGAUUGCUGCAACCAGUACUGAGUCCUUAGUUUGACUAUGGUUGGACCCCCAUCCCAUCUGACACUGCUGAUGGAGAGGAAGUAGUAAUAUCUUUCUUCCCCUGUUUGAACCACACACACACACACACACACACACACACUCUCUCCCGUUUUUCAUCGAUCUUCUGGAUUGUAUAAAUAACCGUAGUAGGGCUCCAAGCAGAAUGCCUGCUGCAUAGCAUAUGUUCAGUUUCAGCCUACCUGCAAGUCAGAUAGUUCUGUCUCAUUAUAAGCCCUCUAUCUCAUGGACAGUAAGCCACUCGAGUUGGACUUUCAUCCAAUCAGAUCUUCCGUUCUUUGAUUGGCCCCUUGCAGGUGACUGAAGGUGGAUGAAAUGUUUUGCUGUAAAAAAAAAAAGUGAAUUCUGAUUGGGUUGAGUAAAAUGUAAAUUCUGAUUAUUCAAAUGUUAAUUCUGAUUGGGUUAGUCAAAGGUUAAUUCUGAUUGGGUUAGUCAAAGGUUAAUUCUGAUUGGGUUAGUCAAAGGUUAAUUCUGAUUGGGUUAGUCAAAGGUUAAUUCUGAUUGGGUUAGUCAAAUGUUAAUUCUGAUUGGGUUAGUCAAAUGUUAAUUCUGAUUGGGUUAGUCAAAUGUUAAUUCUGAUUGGGUUAGUCAAAUGUUAAUUCUGAUUGGGUUAAGUAAAAUGUAAAUUCUGAUUAUUGGGGAGGCUUAGUCAAAGGUUAAUUCUGAUUGGGUUAGUCAAAGGUUAAUUCUGAUUGGGUUAGUCAAAGGUUAAUUCUGAUUGGGUUAGUCAAAUGUUAAUUCUGAUUGUUGGGGAGGGUUAGUCAAAUGUUAAUUCUGAUUGUUGGGGAGGGUUUUUGAUCAUUCAUGAGUUACCAAGGCAGUGACAAGCAGGGAGGGUAACCCAAUACCCUUACCCUUUUGAAUGGGAUGUUUGUACAGUGGGUUGACUAAACUCCUGCAACCUUGGCAGCUCCUUUGACUUACUGUUACCUGUGAUGUGGUGCAGGGCCAGCAUAAAUUAUGUCUAUAUCCACGUCUCCCCCAGGUAUUGAAAGCCCCCAUCCACCCUGUCCCCACAUCCUGGUGUCUGUGCAGGCCCUGGUCCGCAUGCCCGUUCUGCUGCUGCCUGUAGGUCUGUCAGUGCCGAAAACCCAAACGGUUGGGGGGGGGGGUCCUUGGUUUCUACUUGAGCACACCUGCAGGGAUGGCCCCUCAUGUUUAAAGCAGGUUGUAUACCACUUACAGUACAUUGAAGGUAAGCUAUCUCCCCCACCCUCCAAAAAAAAAAAACUAAACUCAUCAACUUCAACUGGUUAUUAUUACCUCAUGUUUUAUUUUUUUAAAUAUAUAUUUACACAUGGUUUUAGCCAGAUGUCCCUGUACACAUGGUUAUGUCAAGAAAUAUGGUUUCUAUAAGACAACUAUAUAUUUCUUAAGCAUAAUUCAAAUCACUAUGGCAAAGAUUGGAUUUUAAAAAAUCCUAAUCGGUCAUGCAUCUAAAUUGUAGAGAGAAAAUUGGGGGGCUUUAUCCAACAAGCUGUCACCUUCAGUGUACUUCUCUUAAUGCAACAGCUACAUUUUAUUUGCUCUACUGUGUAAUAAAUACCUUCUUUUUUUUUUUUCUGCGCUCCCUUUACGUUGUUACGAUGUUAGAAACUGUGAGGAUAGCAGUCUUGCUAUGUACACAAAAUAAUAAUAAUAAUAAUAUAUGCCAUUUAGCAGACGCUUUUAUCCAAAGCGACUUACAGUCAUGUGUGCAUACAUUCUACGUAUGGGUGGUCCCGGGGAUCGAACCCACUACCCUGGGCGUUACAAGCGCCAUGCUCUACCAACUGAGCUACAGAAGGACGCAUGUGUUAAUUGUUUCUAGGUGUGUUCUCUAAAAAAAUGAUGAUAAGGCUAUGUAAGUGUUUUGUUUCCCUCUGUUAUCUGUCCUUGGUUUUCAUGUUUUGUAUGACCAUGGUGUCUUUUGAUCCAGGGGAUAUUCCUGCACUGAGCUUUGAGUCUGCUUGUUAUGAGCGGUAAUUGCCUCUACUUUAUUUGGUGUUAUAUAUAUAUAUAAUGAUGAUCUUAUAGGACCAAAACAGAAAUAAAACAGCCUAAAUGAGUAGCUAAUGCAGUAUGUAUGCCUUUUCCAUAAAACCUCUUCCCUACAUACAAAUGCCAAUGUUCAGGCCCCAUAAAGUGUCAACAAUGAACUGAAAUGCGUUCUUUUUAAAGCUAAUUCACCAAACCUAAACUAAGAAUACGUUGCUGGUGUUCAGUGACUUUUAGGCUAGAAUCCAAACUUGAGAUCUGUGCGCCAAAACUUGACACGUACAGAUCGAAAGUUUGUCCCUCACGUGCUAGAUUUAGAUUUAGUUCAAACCAAAGGAGCAGAAGAAGACAACAUGUUGUGUGCUGUUUCACUGAUGCUGAUGUUUGUGCUGUUUUUCCCCACAAUGAUGUUUCCUGUGGUGGCUGAGAGCGAGACAAGAGUCCAGCACUUCCUUCUCCAGGCCGGGCUCCCCUUUCAGAGAGACAAGACCUCCACGAGGCCACUUAUCAAGGUCAUUUCUGAUGGCAUGUGUAGAUACUAAAAGCCGUAAAGCUAUAGAAAUAAAAAGUCGCAAACUCGUAUAACUCCCAGCGACUCUAUUUAGUUGUAUAGCUUCCAGUUAAUUUGCCGAUAGUCAGCACCUCUACACUAAUGUUCCCUGGGGAUGCUCCAGCUUGUUAUUAGAUACUAGAAGCCAACAACACUGGGGGUGAUGUAAAAUACAAUAUGGCGAAUUCAUUUUGCUUACUGUUUUCCGGGAAGGCAUUUGUCAUAGACGCUCACCCACACUCGACCAUUUAAAAAGUUGUGGUUCCAAAUGUUUCCUCUCACAAAGAUGUUAAGGAUUUAUCGUUGUAUUCGUCUACACAUGACAGACACUUUUUGGUUAACAAAGUGUCAUUACAAGCUGCACAUGUACCUGAGUGUGUUUUGGUUACGCAUAUGGCUCUAAACUGGUUCCAGAUUGCCACAAGGUGUCAGGUAGCUUGACUUGUAGCUGUCAAAGUUGAACCACCAGGCGUCAAGUAGCUUGACUUGUAACUGUCAAAGUUGAACCACCAGGCGUCAGGUAGCUUGACUUGUAACUGUCAAAGUUGAACCACCAGGCGUCAGGUAGCUUGACUUGUAACUGUCAAAGUUGAACCACCAGGCGUCAGGUAGCUUGACUUGUAACUGUCAAAGUUGAACCACCAGGCGUCAGGUAGCUUGACUUGUAACUGUCAAAGUUGAACCACCAGGCGUCAAGUAGCUUGACUUGUAACUGUCAAAGUUGAACCACCAGGCGUCAGGUAGCUUGACUUGUAACUGUCAAAGUUGAACCACCAGGCGUCAGGUAGCUUGACUUGUAACUGUCAAAGUUGAACCAAGAUACUUGUUCAUUUGUUCUCUAUAUGUUCUAGGUGCCGCCAUUUUAGAGAAGAGUCUCGCAAGGAACCUCCUCUGGACAAAGGGUAAGUCAGAACUUCUCUUCCCUGCCUUGGUUCCUUCAGUCUCCUCUUUCUGCUUUGGUGCCCAUGUAAGACUGGAGACCAGGGAAAGAUGUUCAACGAAUGAGCCCCUGUGGAUAUUUCUCAAAUAGAAAAUGUUAAAACAAAAGAAGAAAAAAUAAUGUUAUGUAACACAUUUUGUCUACAUCCUUCACUUUAUUCAAUGUAAUCUUGUCCACUGCUGUUUUCUUAUGAUAUAACAUCAAUGUGCAUGCUCUGUCCUUAAUUGAGAACAUAACAACGUGUGUUCAUUUUUCAUUCGGCGUAUUAAUAUAAUAAACAUAGGCACAGACUAUCUGAA